AUGGCCCACGUUCCGAUAUCAGACCAAUCCAAGCAUGACGCUCAAGUCGUCUCGGAACACCUCCCGUCUGGAUAUUCGGCCGAAUUCGAUGGAGUAACCGGGAGCUCUGUUGGUGCAUCGUCUUCGAGCCCGGACCCGACAGAUCAAGAAUUGGGCGAAUCCUCGCUAAAGCUCCAGGGAGGUGAUAUACACCGAGACCUCUUCAAGACCGCUGCUCGGGUCAAGAUGCAUAAGCGAGCUGCAACUUUCCACCAUCCCCAAGAUAUUAUAGGGGAAACCGGGCCCGACGGUCUGACUGUAAGCGACCAAUUGGCCCCGGGAGGCUUCCGCAGAGCUUUUAUACAGCAAACGCAGCAGCGCGAGAUAUGGGCUGCCAGGGUCCCUGUAACUAGGAAUUUCGUUGAAUUUUUAGAGUUAUAUGGAAGCUUUGCUGGAGAAGAUCUUGCGGAUUCGGACGAUGAGGCAAUACUCUCCGAGGAAGAAGGAGAAGGAGAAGAAGAGGAAGAGCCAAGUGAGACGAGGCCACUUCUCGGGCGACGGAGAGCUUCGCGUGCACCGCGCUCCGCCACCGCCAGCACCAAACAGACUUUCUUUACCCUAUUAAAGGCUUUUAUUGGAACCGGAAUCAUGUUUCUUCCCAAGGCCUUUAAUAAUGGUGGAAUUCUAUUCUCUUCUUUGACUAUGCUGGCUGUCUCCACAGUUACCAUGUUGGCGUUCCACUUACUUCUCGCCUGCAAGGCAAAGUACGGCGGCGGUUAUGGAGAGAUCGGCCACGCAGUAGCAGGAAAGUUUAUGCGCGGAUUGAUAUUAUUCUCCAUUACUAUGUCGCAGCUGGGGUUUGUCUGUGCUGGCAUAGUGUUUGUAGCCGAAAACAUGACCUCUUUCCUGAAGGCUGUUCUGCACGGCGACAGUCCGUUAUCCCCCACGUCUUUAAUUCUCAUACAGCUCGUUCUUCUCAUACCCCUGGCGUUUAUACGGAACAUAGCGAAACUUGGUCCUGUUGCACUUCUUGCAGAUGCUUGCAUCUUGCUUGGUGUAACUUAUAUCUAUUACUACGACAUUGCACACCUUGCAUCCGAUGGCAUUCAUGAAAGUGUCGUUCUCUUCAACCCGGCGAAGUACACCUUAACUAUUGGGGCAGCUAUUUUCACAUUUGAAGGCAUCGGCCUCAUUCUUCCAAUCCAGUCAUCCAUGACCAAACCAGAGCGUUUUGAGUGGCUUCUUGGUAUGGUUAUGUUCCUCAUAACAGUGCUUUUUACUGCUGUUGGCGCUCUCUGCUAUGCUACGUUUGGCGAAAAUACCGAAAUUGAAAUCAUCAAUAACUAUCCCCAAGACAGCAAGUUUGUCAAUGCGGUACAAUUCCUCUACUCACUCGCGGUCCUUGUUGGGACUCCCGUCCAGCUAUUUCCUGCCAUCCGCAUCAUUGAAGGUAGAAUAUUUGGCUCUCACUCGGGCAAAAAGAGCGCUCGUACGAAGUGGAUCAAGAACGCGUUCAGGUCGUUAAUAGUUAUUGGGUGCGGGGCAUUUUCGAUAGUGGGUGCUUCCAACCUUGACAGGUUCGUCGCGUUGAUCGGGUCCAUUGCUUGUGUCCCGCUGGUCUACAUUUAUCCAGCAUAUUUACAUUAUAAAGGCGUUGCAACAUCGUGGGAAGCUAAGGUUGGAGAUAUCAUAUUUAUGGUAGUUGGAGUUAUUGCUAUGCUCUACACAACCGUCGUCACCAUCAUCAACAGCUUCAUGAGCUGA